AAAACUCAUUUUCCCAGAAGGCACUGUGGGAAAUUGUGACUUGUCAUUUCCUACCAGUUUCCGUGUUGUAACAUUUUUUCGUUAAAGAUAUUUCAAGAUUAGUAACCUAACAUACCCGUUUUUUGUGUGGGACACUCUGAGAACCAUGGAAAGUAACGGAAUAAAAGCGAUAUUACUUGAUUUGGACAACACACUAAUAGACACGGCUGGUGCCCACAGAAUAGCGAUUCAAAAAGUAGAGGCACUUCUCGGAACUAGAUUUGGGCAGGACGACAUCGGAAAAAUCUGCAAGGGAUUCGAGCUGAAGCUGCUGCAGGAGACCUACAAUCCCUCCGGCGGUGAAUCGAUCGACCAGGUGAGAGUGACGCACUGGCAAGAAGCCAUCCGGGAGGCAGGCAGUGCGGAGCCGGAUGGCACCUUGGCAACGGAGUGCUACUCUAUGUGGAAGAACAGCCGUCUGGAGCAGCUGGCCAUCCCAGGGCCUGUCUGGGAUCUGCUGAAGGACCUGCAAAAGACCCACAAGCUGCUCCUGCUGACCAACGGGGUGUCGCAGACGCAGUGGGAGAAGAUCAGGGCUGUGCGCUGCGAGGAGCUCUUCCAGGCCAUGGUGGUGGGAGGGGACCAUGCUGAGGACAAGCCAGCCCCCUCCAUAUUCCAGCACUGUUUCACCCUGCUGGGCGUGGGGCCGCGGGACUGUGUGAUGGUGGGCGACAGCCUCGACACUGACAUCCUGGGAGGAGUCAACGCUGGUGUCCGAGCAACAGUGUGGGUGAACGCCAACGGCAGGGAGAUACCCCCCGGAGUGUCCGUCAAGCCAGACUACACCGUCACGACGGUGCUUGAAUUACCUACAAUCCUCUCCACCUUGAAAUGACAACCUUUUUAAUAUGGUGUUUUAAAAUUGUAACCAAUAAAAGCUAAUUUCUAACAGUGAUCAAAGUGCGAGGGUUCAUGAACCACAUAAUGGACCAAGAGCAAUCAUCAGUUAAGAUCAUUCACAAAUAACACCAGUGAGCUUCACCUUGGUUAAUGAACAUAUUUCUAAAUUACACUGGAGUGUAACUUGGGCAUUUCCAAUUUCUGGUGAUCUUGGGGUUUCCUUUUUCAUCUGUUCCAGCCACUGCUGUUCUACUGCUUUUUAGGUUCAACUGGAUUGGGCUCUUACUAUUAAAUGGUGCGAAAUGGUUUGAGAUUGUGUGGAACAACCUGCGCUCUAAUGUGUUACUGAAGGGUAUUUUGUGCAUAUGUUAAAACUUGGGGUGUAAAUACUUUGACACAUUUAAGACAAAUUUUGAGGUGCCCUGCAAGUGCCUACUUUAAAGCAUAAAAUAUCCUUCUUCCAUAGAGAGGUUAUUUAUGGACAAUGUCAAGAAAAUCAAGUUUGUCUCAAUGUCCGCAUUUAUACUGGAUAUCCCUGAAGGGAAUAUUUAAAAUUCUUUAUAGAUCAUGUAUACAGCUAAUUUAUGGAUUUAAGGGUAGAUGGGACCUUUCAUGUCCCCCAUGAAAAUGAGAAUGAAAAUGGCUCUCAAUGGUGGAUAAAUAAAUAUUAAUGGUGGAACCAA